UCAGAGUAACAGGGAGGCUCAGUUCUAAUAUCAGAAGUUGGGUGUUUUUUGUUUUGUUUUUUUUUUUUUUUUUUACUGCUAAAAUACCAAUACUGAUCAAAAGAAAUAGCUUUUUUUUGUUGUUGUCGUUUCAGCCUCUUUUUUUUUUUUCAUCUUUCCGAGUUGCAGUAAGAGAGAAAAAGGAAAUUGGAUUUUUCACUUCUCUGUUUUUCUGUGAAAUCGUGUACUUUUCAUCGCUCUCGUUAUUCUUCCAAUGCCCACUGUCACCACAGCAGUUUUUUUCCGAAGGGUCACUCAGGAUCAGAAGAUGAACGCCACGGUGAACGCCUCCAAGGAGUGUGAUAGGGAUACCAGUGUGACAUCUGUGAUAUUCCCAGUUCUUUACAGCAUUCUUUGUAUCGUAGCCCUUGUGCUGAACUCUUUAGCUGUGUGGAUCUUCUUCAGAAUUCCCAGCACCACAAUGUUUCUGGUCUUCUUAAAAAAUGUGGUGGUGGCCGACUUGUUGAUGACUAUCACCAUCCCUAUCAAAAUCUUGAGUGAUGCAGGAGUGGGUUUCUGGCAGCUGCGUGCCUUCUAUUGCAGAUUCUCCGCUGUUCUGUUCUACAUCACCAUGUACAUCAGCAUCUUAUUGCUGGGCCUCAUCAGCUUGGACCGCUACCUGAAGAUUGUGAAGCCCCUCGGAAAGUGUGCCCUGCAGAAGGUUCGGGUCGGACAGAGGCUGAGUGCAGCGAUAUGGAUUGUAAUGCUGUCUCUGGCCCUGCCCAAUGUCAUUCUCAGCAACCAGCCCCCGAAGCCCUCGGGGGGCAAACUGAAAUGCUCCUCCAUGAAGGGCGAAGCUGGCAAACUAUGGCAUGAGGGAUUUAACUACUUCUGCCAGGUCAUCUUCUGGGGCACGCUUGCCUCGAUGGUGUUUUGUUACACGUUCAUCAGCAAGAAGGUCUAUGAAUCAUACAAAGCCUCAAAGAGCAAAUCUCAUGCUGCAAGUAGAAGAACAAAAGCCAAAGUCUUUGUGGUCGUGGGGGUAUUUUUCGUCUGCUUCGCCCCUUUCCAUUUUGUGCGCGUGCCCUAUACAUUGACUCAAACCCGCGGCAGCGGCGACUGCCGAGCAAAGAAUGCGAUCUACAUCGCCAAGGAAACCACACUGUGGCUGUCUGCAACUAAUGUCUGCCUUGACCCGCUUAUUUAUAUCUUCCUGUGCAGAGUGUUCAGGAAGAGACUCGUGAGCACGUUCUGCAAAGACACCAGGGAGUCUUCCAAAAACUCAUUAACGCACAUGGAGAUGUCACAAAUGGAUCAAACUAUCAGACUGUCGCACAAUGACACAUCGCACAUCAAUCAAUGCACAUCAGCCUCAAGCUUCGACUGCUGAUGUCUUUCAUACCUGGACGACUGUCGUACGUGGCAGUACGUUUGAUUAGAAAGCCUGCACAAACUCUUUAAAUAAGCAGACUGUGAAUGGACUCUGACAAAUCGGAUGUGCCAGUAAUUUCAGUGUCUGUAAUUUCAGCGAAUAUCGUGCAAGAAUGUUUUUGCUUACUCAUCCGCACAUUUCCUUAACAAAGCUUACUGUCAGUUUCUGCAUCCUGUGGUUUAAUCUUGCUCAAACUGCACUUUCCCGUAGCUUAAAACUUACUGCAUUGGGGUCACAAUAAUGGUGGCAUUAAACACGUUGUGAAAAGCUAUUCGUCGAAGAAGAGCUAAAUAAAAACAACUGCAGCAGACCAGAAUUUGUUAAGAGCCAUCUGGUGAGAAAAAUGUGGUACUAAUCGCUGAAAUCCUAAUAUUUUUGCAUAAGCAAGACAUAUUUAUGUCUCAGUUGCACGGUAGUCAUUUUAUUUCUAUAAAGCUAAUUUGAAUAAUAAUAUAGCUUAGCAGAUGAUACCACACUUGUGCCUUAUGUGUGGUUGUAAUACACACUGUAAAUUUGAUCAGAAAUCAUGGAGGCAUUGGUACCAUCUUUUUUCUCUUUAGGAUUGUUGUUCCACGCUACCAUAGAAAUCCCCCUUAUGCAGAAAAUUGUACAUUCUAAGUCGUAUUCUGAAGUAUUUUUCAAUCAAACAUACAUUUUUUCCGUUGAUACAGAUAAUAUCAAUUUUACUUUUUAAUGCUAUGUUUCACAUAAAAAGGCUGUAAUCAUUAAAGACAUCUCAUAGUGGUUGUCUUUACAUGCUACCAGAAGUGCUCUGAAAAAAAUACCACACAAUCUGUGAUCUAGCUUUAAAAAACAGUUUUCUUCUUUUCUUAUUACAUGGAAAUAUGUAACAUUUGUAAAAAUUAAAAAAGGAGAGGAAGAAAGAAAGAAAGAAGGAAAGAAAGAAAGAAAGAAAGAAAGAAAGAUAGAAAGAAAGAAAGAAAGAAAGAAAGAAAGAGAAAAUAACAAAAGUCAAGUAUUUCACUGACAAAAUGCUGCAAUUAGACUAAAUGCAAGUAGGUUUCAACAAAAUGUACAGUAAUAAUCACACAAUUGUACUGUAAGCUUUUGUAAAAGUGUAGAAUGUAAGACUGAUAAUGUUCCUUAUUUUGAUUUUCCUUUUUUAUAAACACCUCGCUAUGUUUUUUUUUUUUUUUUGACAAUUUAUUACAAUAUUUAUCUGGGCAUAUUCUUUGUCAUUAUAAGAAAAUAUAAUUUUGCUUCAAAGAUAAGAUCCUACUUAUAAUAUUUUCACCCAAAAUUUUGGAAAGCCAGACUAUGCAUGGAGAACUGAUAUCGAUUGUUUUGCUGGUUCACUCUAACUGUUCCUCUGUAAAGUUAUUUCUUUAUUUGUUUUUUUUUUCUGGUUGUAAUGUACAUGUGUAUUUAAUGUUUGCAUUGAAUGUUCUUUAUAUCAAUGGAUAAUUGUUUUUUCACAACUUUGAUAUUAACAUUGUGCAGUGGCAAAAAAAAAAAGCUAAAAAAACAACAAAAACAAAUGAAAAAAAAACCAUCUUUGUUUUUAACACAACAUCACAUUACAAACUGGUAGCUUAAAUGUUGAGACAUGUCAAAAGAGCCUGAUGAGCUAAUCAGAGGAGAUGUGGAGCAAAUGAAAGCAGUGAAACGGAGGAGUAGAUUAAAAUAAAGGGAGAUAAAACGAGGCUCAAAGAAUCCAAACACAAAAAAGAAAAGAAAAAACUAAAUAGAAGAACCCAAUUUGGAGAAAUGAAAAGAACCCACAAAAAUCAGAAAUUAAUAAUAAAAUAAUAAACACAAAGAAAGAAAUGAAUUUAUCUACAAAAAUAAUAAUAAUCAACAAAUGGCACUGACAAGAUCUUUUUUGAAUCAUUACAAAAACCCAAGCACCUGUGGAUUCUGACAAUCUUGACAAAAGAGUUUGGUGCAUGAAAUAUACAGCUAACUCCAUUAGUGGGUGUCAUGACAGAACUGGUGCCACAAAAACAAUGGCUGCAUUAUGAUGGCAAGUGAGAAUAAGGUUAAUGUGGACAAAGUCAAUUCAUCACAUUUUUGUGUGCUAUUCUGCAGCCCAACCAGAAAUAAAAUUUAUGAAAAGUUCAAAAAAUAAAUGAGGUGUAAUGCUCCUUUUUAAUUCAGAACUAUUUCCAAAAAGAUUAACAGCACCCCGUAACUUAAAUCUUGUGAAAUAAAAACAUGUAAAUUGCAAAUUGAAAUUAUUAACUUGGAAUUCAAAUAUGGUGCUUAUGUGGCGUACUGACCUGGGCCCAGCUGUUGUAUCUGUUAAUGGAAAAGAUUUCAUCCUAUAUGAUAUCCCACAUGACAGUACAAAUGACAAAACAAGCUCGGAAAAUUGUAAGACUUUGCAUUUUACGAAGAACUUGUGUGUUUCUGACCAGGGAAGCAUUAGAACAACAGAUGACACCAGUGUUAUUUCAUAAAAGGAGCUUCCUGAUUGGCUUUACAGGGUUUAAGCAACAUCCACCCCAAAGCAUCAUCUAAAGCAUUGUCUAAUGUCUGACGAUUUAAAAUUAAA